AGAACUAUUAGUAUUUUUUUGACCUGUAUUUUCCUCAUCUGUCUGUUUCCGUGUUUCUCUGCAGCCCUGCUAUGCUCUCCCCCUCUGUUCCCAGCCCGGUCAGACAACGCAUCAGUGAGUUGCCCAGCCUGCUAGAAAAUUGGAUUUAGGAUCUUCAAAGGGGAGCCUGCGUGUCUGCGGAGGCCACGCCCCUUACGCCUCCCCGACCCAUGACGUCAGCGCGUAGCAUGACCUGCGCCGCUCCGUCCUCCGCCGCAGAGAGACUCUCCAUCGGCCGCUCAACUGGCGUCCAACCCGGCUCGGCAGACAGCACCUUUAUCGGCAGCUCAGUCAUCAGAUAUGGACGAGGCGGCUCGGUCCUGCUCCUCCACCGCCUCCGGGAAUGAGUGCAGAUACAGGUACGACGAGUACAAGGAGACAGCUGAUUGGCUGCUGAGCCACACAGAGCAACGCCCUACGGUGGCCAUCAUCUGUGGUUCAGGUCUGGGCGGUUUGGCCGAGCUGCUGGAUGACAAGAAGGUGUUCCCAUACAAGGACAUUCCACGUUUCCCCACUAGCACUGUUCAGGGUCAUGCAGGUCAGCUGGUGUUUGGGAAGCUGCAGGGCCGCGAGUGCGUCUGCAUGCAGGGGCGAUUCCACUUCUACGAGGGCUACAACAUCCACACGGUGACAUACCCGGUGCGAGUCUUCUUCCUGCUGGGCGUGGAAACUUUGAUUGUGACAAACGCAGCAGGGGGUCUCAACGGUUCCUACAAUGUGGGCGACAUCAUGCUCAUUAAGGAUCACAUCAACAUGCCGGGCUUUGCAGGGCAGAACCCUCUGUGUGGGCACAACGAUGAGAGGUUCGGGGUACGAUUCCCCUGCAUGUCGGACGCUUACGACCGAGAUCUGAGGGCCCUGGCCAAGAAGACAGCAGAGGAGCACGGCUGCAGCAGCUUCCUGCAGGAAGGAGUUUACUGCAUGCUGGCUGGACCGACAUAUGAGACCAUUGCAGAGUGCAGAGUGCUGCAGAAGCUCGGGGCUGACGCUGUGGGUAUGAGCACCGUCCCAGAGGUGGUGGUGGCUCGUCAUUGUGGAUUGCGAGUCCUGGGUCUGUCGCUCAUCACCAACAAGGUCGUGACAGACUACGACAGCAAUGAGAAAGCAAACCAUGAAGAGGUGCUGAAGACCACCAAGCUCCGAGCUCAGGACCUCCAGCAGCUCGUCAGCCACCUCAUCACCAAGAUCUAGUAACUUCAAUUAAGAUCCGUUUGCACACAAAAAAAGAUUUCCAGCCUCACAGAUAAAUCACUGGUGACGGGAUAAUCAUAGCUUUGAAUAAAAGGUAUAAAGUACGUGGUGAGUUGUUCCAAUUGGACGGAUAGGUUAUAACUUAUUAACGGUUAACGUGGAGACUCUCAGAAGAGCUGGAAAUGUCCACAGUAUUUGAUGAACAUUGAACAAGUUAUGUGGCUAGUUUGGGUUCUAGUCAGUGCUAUCACAAGAGCUUUGCAAAGCAGGAAAUGUUAGCUUGACUCCAGUCGACUUGGCAGCUAGCCACAACAAGCUCAUUAGCAACGAGUCUGACAAUGAUUGUUUGUUUUUAUGUGUUUAGAUUUAGGCAGUUUUUGACUUCUAGUCCAGUCCCUUGGGUUCUGUAAUGCUAAUUAUCAGGGGAUGACCAGACCCCUUGAUAUAUCUGAAGAGGAACUUAGCACCAGACUAAAGCUUGAUUUAUACUCCUGCAUUAAAUCUCUACUUUAGGUAUACCAUAGGCGACACCAUAACCUUCACCAUAGCAUGUGCUUACUAAAGUCCAACUGAUAUGACGAUAAUAUCAGCCAACGGUAAUCUAUCAUUGAUUUAUCCCUUUAGUGUACUUGUCUGAUAGACACUGAUAUGAAAGCGUUCUUUAACAGAACAUAAUAAAGAAAAAAAGAUUCUUAGGGUAAGUUAGAAGUGGUGUCAUGGCAUUGUUUGUCCAGCAGAGCGGCUCCUACUUAGCUGUUAUAUUACUCUCAGCACUGCCGGCAGCACAUGUAGCAGAGCACAUUACACCACUGAACAGAUGGUGGUGCGGAGUCAAGCUUUGAUUUUAUGUUAUGUCGCUACUGAGCUUCUGAAAUUCAUUGUUAUAAACAAUGUCCCUAUCAUUAUACGUUUCCAUAUGACCAGCAUAAAUACAAACAAUUCGGCCUAUACAUCAAUGUCAGAUUUUCUUACUCCCUAUUAGCCCCAAAAGUUCAGUACCAGUCAGGCUGUUGUGUUACAUGACUUAUUGCAAAGGUAAUGCUUCAGUUAAACAAAAUGUAGAGUAUAAAAGCCUGUACUUGUUUCUACAAUUGCAAAAGGCAGUAAUCUGUCAGUGUACCCAUGUGCUGUUUUGAUUGGCCCAAUUGGUUUUCAACGUCUUCCCUUUUAGCACAGCUGUUGUUCAACAUUUAUUGACCUCAACUCCAACAUAAUCCAUUUGGUUUUAUUUGCCAUUAAAUAAAACACAUAUAGUAACUCAACACACUGAAAUAGAAACAGUACUGCUAAUCGAUGUAGCAGCAAAGACACACCAGUGCACACUGACAAAUGUCACUCAGGCUACAGCUUAAGCUCUGAGUAGAUUUAACCCAGGAGUAUAAAUCAAUCUUUAGAAAACAUUUUUUAUGGACAUUUUGACGUACGUUUCAUCCAGGUUUCACUGUUGGCUGCACCCAUGUCCGGUGGUGAGUGCCACACCCUGUAGUAGACCUUUUUAACACCGCAGCAAAGUUAGGUUUAGCAGCAAAAUCCUGAUUUUAUUCAACAAUAAGUGGCACACGAGUGACAUCUGGAACCUGGGAAUGGAGGAAGCAGAAACUGUCUCGUAAUUACAGUUAAUGAGCAUUUCUAUAAUCUGUGUUUGACAUACCGUCUUCUGUGUAGUGUUUGCUUCGAUCUAAAUCAAGAAUCAUGGGCACUAAGAUCAUGCUCAUAUACCAUUACAUUAUUUAAUACUACAAUUACACUCUUUAUCACAGAUCAAUAACUGUAACUGGACUACGGCGGUGGGUAUUGUAUAACUGUCAGUGUGUAUUUCUAUCCUGACAGUAUAGCUGUGGGGUGCUUGGGGUUUUCCCUGUGUUGCCUGCUAUAAUCAGUGGCAGCAAAAUAAAAAUCUGGGACUGUUAUUUGUCUUAACUCUAUCAUGAAAGCAAAAGUUGAAGAUUUUACUUUAUGACUGAUAUCAAUGUCGACUGCUAAUAGGUGUACUGAGGUUCUUGUUGAUGAAGAUCUGCAUAAUGUUUUCUUACCUCAUUAUUAGAUUAUUGUCCAUCAUUUUGAUUUACUUGGCGGCCUGUAGAAUCAUCCUCUAUUGGUCAUACUUUCAUGUCUUACAUGCUACAUCUUAAUUGCCUUUAGCAGAAGCAAUGUACUGUAUACAAGCACCACCCUUGACUGCAUCCAUUUGAGAUGUAUUCAGGUGCUGCUGUGCACUUAUGGGCUCGUCUUAACAUGUCAGUGCAGCCCAUUAGCACCACACUCGCAUCCACAUGAUAAUAGCUGCUAUUUAGAGAGAAUAUAAAGCAUUCUUGGGAACCGACUGGCUCCUAACUUGUUCUUUUGUGAUUGUUAUUAGCAAUGAACAAUGAAUACCUAUUUUAGCUAAAAACCAAAGUGGUUAUAUGUGCAUUUUACUGUGAUCAAGAAUUAUUUAUUUAAAAAAAAAAUUAUUUAGAGCAUCUAUCUAACAUAUUUAUUAUGAAAAAGUAACAAAAUGGAGCUGGCUUGUCAGAUUUUAGUUUGAAAAGGCAAGUUCGAGCUGAAUCAGUUAAUGGAAAGCUCUUAGUUUUAGUGAUCUUGUACAUCAGCAGGUUUAUAUUUAGAAAUCUAAUGAAUCGCAACGGAAGCACAAUAUAAUCUAAAAGAAAUGCCAGAAGAAGUCCAAGGCUAAUCUGGUCAAGCGGCAGUGAUGUAUGAGGGUUUUUUUUCCCCAGUACUUGGUUCAGUUUUGUUUGCACACUAAAGAGACCACAACACUGUAAUAUCAGGGAGGGCUGUAAUACCUGGACCUGCAGCUUUCAAUCUCCUCUGCUCUGAUCUUGAGCCUCUUGCCAGCUUCCUUUGACCGCCUUAUUCAUUAGAGCUGGAAAAGGUCGGAGAAUGGCCAAGAUCAGCAGUUCACCUCUUAGACCAUUUGUAUCAGGCUGAGCAUCAAGAAUCUUAAAGGGGAAUUCGAAUCAGAAUGAAGCGUUCCAUCAUGAAAAUGUAAAAUCUACGGAUUGUUUGUUUUUGAAUCGUAAAAUCUCCAUAAAGCCUGACUGUAUGUACCGUGUUUUGGGCUUUUUGUUUCCAUCUUCUGUUUUCCAGUCUUCCUCAUGUGUAUUAGACUGAUGAACCUCUAUAUACUGUACACUGUGUUUAACCAUAUUUACUGUAUUCAGGUCUCAGGUUAGAAUCUAAUUCAGUUACAUAAUAAAGCAAUCAAUUUUCAUGCCAAAUGCUGCUGCUGUCAAAUAAAAACCUGCAGAUGAUA